UCCAGGCAUUAUCCAAGAAUUUAUAAAUUUAUAAUAACAAAAAAAAAAAAGUAAAUUAAAAUAACUAAUAUUAGUAAUUAUUUAUUAAAAAAUAAAAUAACAGUCAAUAAUGCCAAGUCCUUUGUUGACUGAUGCCACUGAAUUGGAGCUUACUGGUCAAGAACCAUGGCCCCAAUCAAUCAAGCUCUAUCAACCAUACGAAGUAGAACAAAUUUUACUUCCUGAUAAUGCAAAUUGUUUAGCAGUACAAGCAUAUUUACACAUGUGCAAUUUGGAGUAUCAAAUUGAGCCAAGAAAAAAUGCUGAGUAUAUGUCACCAUCAGGAAGAGUACCAUUUAUUCAUUGUGGAGCAUUUGUCAUUGCUGAUUUUGAUAAUAUUGUUCAAUUUGUAACGAGAAAAGGAACAUCAUUGUCAUCAGAUCUUGAUGAAUCUGAACAGGCUGAUAUGAGAGCUUAUAUAUCACUUGUUAAUCAUGGUCUUGCUAAUGCUGAACAGUAUAUUUGUUGGGUUGAUUCUGUUACCAGGGACAAUGUCACCAAACCAAGACAUGGUAGCGUUUAUCCUUGGCCAUUAAAUCACAUUCUCAAUUGGCAAAAAGAAAGACAAGUUACUAAAAAAUUAAAAGUAUUAAGAAUUUUUAAUAAAACACUUGAUGAAAUUUAUGAAGAUGUUAAAAUGUAUUGUUCAACUUUGUCUGAAAGACUUGGAGGAAAACCAUAUUUCUAUGGUGACAAGGGACCAAAGGAACUAGAUGCACUUGUUUUUGGACAUCUUUUUACGAUUUUAACAACACCAUUACCAUCAGUUAAGCUAGCUGAUAUUGUUAAAGGCUAUCCAGAUCUUGUUGAUUUGUGUAAACGCAUCGAGAAGAGGUAUUUUCAACAAAAUGAAGAAUAGGGACAGCUCAGUUGCUCGAAUUUCAGAUACAUCGAGGUCCGUUACAUGGACUCUGACAGAUUACGACUUCUCUGUUUAGCAAAUCAACAAAAACAACAGUGUGAUACUGCUGGAAAAAUAUAUUGUUCAAUCAUGUAAACAAGUCUUUUUUUAUUUUUAUUUUGUUAACAUUUUUUUUCUAAUUUUUUACUAAUAUCUGCAGUUGGAUCUGAAGCUCGUGCAAUUGAAGUUGAAACUAUAUAAAUAAUUAAACAAAUUAAACAAAUUGUAGUAUAAAUAAAUAAAUUAUAUAUAUAUAAAAUU